AUUGCCUACUUUGUUUGAAUGAACACUCGAGAGGUUUAUUCAGUACAAUUUUGUGUCGUUAAUACCUUUCUUCGCUCCUGUGUGCUGUCUAUAGUUUGGCCAAAGUUCAGUGUAUAGCUCUCCGCAAAUCCCCUAAGAACAAUAUUCUUACCAUUUUCAUCGGUUAACAAAUGCUUCAGUCUGAAUCAAAAGUCAUGUACACUUGGCUGUAAGCCCUAAAUCGUGCAACGAUCAGGGCAGCCUAGAUACCGCCGCUAUCUCAGUGUGAUUUGAUUCUCAAAUGUGAAUGUUGCCUUUCUAGCCACCAAUGCGCCCGUUUUUAGUUUUGGUUGUUUUAUUCAUUCUGCUGGCUUUUUCUAGCGUUGAAUCCCGUCAUCGCCGCAAAUACCGAAAACGUAAGACUCCAAAACCAGAACCAACCAAGCCAAGUCAGUGUAGAAGUUAUGACGACGACUACGAUCAUGAUGAUGAUGAUAGGGGCUCCCGCAAGGCACAAAACUGCCGAGUUGGUGCGUGGAGUAGGUGGAGUCAAUGUUCAAUUGCGUGUGGAAAUCGUGGAUGGCAAAAGCGCACAAGAAAGGUGAGUUUAAUUCAAAUGAAGCAACUUUAGAAACUGUGGUCUGCAACAUUUUGAUGACAGACUACCAUUACUGUUCAGCAUUUUCACUAUCCGAAUACCAACCAAGACUUCGAUCCUUUCCAAGCAAAUAACACUCUGAAGAACGCACGUUGUUUGAGAGUCGAUGUAUUUAGUACGAAAGUACUAAUUGAGGACUCUAUAUUUCGGUUUAGCCGUUUGCAGUAACGGUGAAGGCAGUACCCUCAUUCCUUAAUGAUUUUAAGAUCCCGAGUAUUAGUCCAGCUACAGGGAUUGGAGCGGCGACAUGAAUCCCGCAUUGCAGUCAAGCGCUCGUUCUACCAACUCAGCUUAACCUUACUUAACUUAACCAGCGUAUUUACUUUUUCCUCUCCUUUUCUCCCUCCCGCUUCCUCGAGAUUUCCGCCUUGGCCCUGAAAACCCGUGGCCUGCCUCUAAUAAUAGUAAUAAUAAUAAUAAUAACUUACCGGCACCUGCCUGCCACGCAGGCUACGCCGCUGCUAAAACCUUUAUUGGGCCAAAUAUUUAAACGAAGACUAACUUAAGCCGCGGUUUAACAAAUCUUUGAACCGCCAGAUCUCUUCUUUGGUGAGUUGUUUAACAAGAUAAAUGCUUUCCUAGUCUUCUCUAUAUGCUUUCAUAAAACUGUUCACAAUAAAUGAUGUUUAGAUAAGAUCGUUGGGCAAAUUGAAAAUGACUUAGAACGCGGUUUUGUUAAACACUGGCUAAACUACGUUUAAAUAUUUGGCCCAUUGACUUUAAUUUUUAAACUAAAACGGCGUACCGCGUAUCAGUGUGCUACUCAAGCACAAUGUGGACCACAGCUUUAUUUUGUUGUUUAAUUCAAGGGAAGUACUGGAAAUGUUCUCGCAGGGAUGGGCACUUAAGCUAUAUAGACUGUUUUGAAAGCAGCAGUGGAGAGAGGGCAUUCUAGCAAUCGAUAUUUAAGGCACCUCAAACUUUCCAACUCAACUGAUCAUUAUACUGUCUAUCUAAUUCCCCCAUCCCUUUUACUAUACUGUUUAGGUCCCGCACCCACCCUCCUUAUUUUUCACUUCCCCGGGAAAUUAGGAAACACCUUUAUUACAUGAAGACUUUGGUUCUUGGGCCAUUGCAUAAACACGACGUUUCAUGUGCUAGUCAAAAUUUUCAAAAGUGAUCAGGAGUUUGUUCUUCCAUGCCACUAGUUGCUCCAACCUGCUAUUUGCGGAGGCAUUUGCCCGUUUCGAUUGAGUCAGUCUCGUGAUUGCAACAGAUAUUGCUAUAAUGGAGGCAUUUUAGAGCCAACCAGAUGUAAAUGCUCGUCACAGUACGGAGGAGAAUGCUGUGAACAAGGUUAGUCUUUAAUUCCUAUGUUAGGGGCACCCAACGAGGAUAAAGUUCAAAACCACUUAAACAUAGCAUUGUUAAACGUAUUUUAGUAUUUAAACGGUAGAUAUAGGCAUAUUUUCAUCCCCUAAAAAUUGUUCAUCUGUUCGGAUUUCCUAGCUGAAAGUCUAGUGAUCCGAAAAUUAUAGGGAUCAAAAUUUGCCUUUUCGAAAAUUUCAGCCAGAAAAAAGGCUCCCGAAAAUUCUAGGUGACCUUUCCAAGGUAAAAUCCGUUAAAAAUGGGCAAUUAUACCAUUUUUUAGAAGUUCGAAAAUCCUAGGAGAGGCAAGCAAGCAAGAAAUUUUACAAUGAAUGUUCCGAAAAUUCUAGAUCUCAAAUCGUCUUCCGAACAGAUAUUUUCCGAAAAUUGACGUUGGGUGUUCCUGCUAUGUCUCAGAAGAAAUUGGUAAAGGUGAUCGCUGCACAGCCAAGACAAUUGUUAAGCUUUUACCGAUGAGUUUCAUAAUAACUCGCAUGUCCUCUAUAAGGUCAAAGACUUUAGUAAAUUGAGCUUGAGUAUUAUGGAGUAUUAAACUAGUAUUCGUUUCCUUGUGCAAAAUACCAGCUUACCCUACUUACUUUUCUAGUCCACGGUGGGUGGAGUUGCUGGGGGUUAUGGGGAAGCUGUAGUACAACUUGUGGAGAAGGAAUCCAGUCCCGUCUGCGGUCAUGUGACAUGCCACUCCCAGCUAAUGGUGGACGUAAAUGCCCUGGUAUGAACAGCGAGAGCAGAAAAUGUAACACCAGUCCUUGUCCAGGUAAUCAGACAAUAACUCUUAUAAAUAAAAGCGAUUUUAAAAGGAUGAUGAACGCCACACGAACAACGGCAGUAAAAGGAAGUUGAAAAACAAAAGCAAAACGAUAGAAACUUAAAAGAGCUCAGUUCUUGCUUGAAAAACGUGGAAAUGAAGGUUUUAUAAAAGUAAUGAAUAUGAUUAGCUUAAAUAAUCAGAUGAAAAAAAAUUUCGAUCAUUUGAACACCAACCCUAACUGCCCCACCCCCCCCCCCCCCCCCCCCCGCCCUCUCCCCUCGAAUUAUCCACGGACCUAUAAAUAAAUUUUUUUAGUUCUUUUUAUUUUUUUUUUGUUGGUUGUGUGAUGUUGAUUUUUAUGGGGUACAUCGAGAAAAUUCAUAUUUGCUUCUGGCGGAGGAGCAUCAUUUUUAAAAAAUUUAUGAAUAAUACUACCAUAAACAAGCAGAGCAAAAAAAACCUCCACCAUUCGAUCCCCACCCCAACCUGCCCCCCCCCCCCCCGCCCCGCCCCCGUCCCUACAGCCUAGAAUCAACGACGUACAUAGCAAUAAUGUUUUGUACUAUUUCUAAUUUGUUGCUGUUAGUUGAUGGAGGUUGGACUUCAUGGGGAAACUGGAGCAAAUGCAGUGUUACUUGCGGCGGAGGAACUCAAAGGCGUAAUCGGUCCUGCACCAACCCACCUGUGGCCUAUGGUGGCAAACCGUGUGAGGGUCUGACAGAAAUGUCGCGGAACUGUAAUAAACAUGUAUUCUGUCCAGGUAAUGAACUACAAACAAAAAUAAGUGACUGUGACUCGUUGAAAAGUUUCCUUUAGUGACAUGAAGUGAAGAUUUCGUUUAGCUGUAUCAAGCCAAAUCCAUACUACCUGUAAUUAAAACGGAUGUCAAAGUAUUCCUAACUUUCGAUAGUAGUAAUAUGAUGGUUUUAAUUGAAACCAAAAAGUCUGUUGUGCUGAUAUUUUGAAGAUCCUGCGUGGCUGAGGUUUUGAAAUGUAGACGGGAAAAGCUGGUGAUUAUUAUUAUGAACAUAGCCUUAGCUUGCUAAGGGCGCAGUGUGUCAGUUGUCCUGCUGCUGUUCUUGUGCCUUGUAAUCUGAGGUAGGAAAUUUACUAGCUGACCCAUGCCUCUGUUUCAAAGACAGGCUAAGUGCGAAGCUAUUGAUAUGAAAAUAAUUUUUUAUUCUCAUGCAAACAAAACUCAUUUUCACAAGAAAGGUUUUGCACUUAGCCUCGUUUUGAAAGUGAGAGUUUUGGAACUGGGAAAUGGCCUGUCGCUUGUCUUCUGCAGGCUAAGUGCGUUAUUGGCAGUAAAUGAACGCAAAGUAAGAUAGGCACCACGCGUUUAAUUUACGAUAACAGUUUUUCUAAUCUGUGUUAAUCAGUGGACGGAGGUUGGUCAUUGUGGAAUACCUGGAGUCAGUGCACAACAAAAUGUGCUGAAGGAACACGCUCCAGAUCUCGUUCUUGCUCCAACCCACCCGUGUCCAACGGUGGAAAAUCUUGUUCUGGUCAACACGUGGAAACCGAAAAAUGCAACAAGGAUAUUCCAUGCCCAGGUAAACAAAAAGAAAUUCAUAAUUAUUCUGGAAUUUAGUAUAUAAAGGCAUCUUAGUCAUCCGCUAUCAGUCUAUUGUUGAUUUCCUCUCCUUCACCCAGCUUCCCAUUAAUAUAUGAAUAACACUCUAAAGGGUGGUUACAGUUAGGUAAUCAUUGACACCGGCUUCAUGAUGUAAUCAUCAUGAGCACGCAAAAGUACAAUCGUUUCAUCAAAAGAACAAUUUUUGUUUUCUUGUGUAAGACGCCCAAAUUGUUGAUCGGGUAACGAUUGGCAUCAGCUUUUCACCAACACUCCCCCCCCCUCCCCCUUAACGUUAUCUAGACUUACCAGGGAGCACUUGGAAAUCUUAAUUUACUUUGUAGUUGACGGUGGUUGGUCUUUAUGGGGAAACUGGGGCCCUUGCAACAAAGGAUGUUCGAAAACGAGGAGAAGAACUUGCACCAGGCCUCCUCCGUCUAACAAUGGCCUAAAAUGCAUUGGUAGUCCUUUACAAAACGUCAAAUGUUCGUUUCAGGAAUGUAUUGGUAGGUAUUAAAUAACUGAUGCCACAUCAAAUAUAGCCGGCUUCCAUGCAGGAGUUUUCAGGGGAGUUUCAUGUAUUUUAAAAUCUCUCCCCACAAACACGAUUCACCUCACAACGCCUGCGUGGGAGCCUACAACAAAUCCAGCAGCGUUGUUGACUGAUGCCAUCAGUAGUUUUUGUAACAUCUUCCUGUUUGUCUCAAAAUCUUAUUUUGACGGAAAUUUUCAGGUCUCUAAUGUUAAAAAUCCUACUGUUCCCUGAUAAUAUCCAUUCCGCGACAAAGGUUAAUUGAUCAGCACCCACGGAUUGGACAAUAAUGCCAGACGAAUUAUAUACCAACCACAGAAUGUUUUGACUAACGCGUCACUAUGUUGACGGGACAUUCUUAGUGAAACAACACUCCGAUGAACGUUUCUUUGGAAUGUUUUACAUAUUCGUUUAUAUAUUAGAAGCGAUUCAUACAAAACAAAGGCAGGUAUUGACGACAGAUUCUUGUCCUAGCCUACCUUGACUUACAGUAGAUUUUUUCUGUAAACGCUUAGUUGCAAUUUUUGUCAUUCUUAGGUAGCCGAUGUGUUUUUUUUUCAGACAUUUAUUACCCAAUCGUUACGAGCUGAGAGCUUAUAUUAAGUAAACAUCCUUUAUGCCAACUAAAUCGCAUAGCAUACUUCUCUUGACAAUUCCUUACAACUGGGUCCUCUUGAAAAGCGGUACCAAUACCUUUUCACCUAUUUCGCUCUAAAAGUUGUGCUUAUCUAUCCAAGGGAAAGCUUAACUAUCUUCUUCCCGGAGUGGAUCAUGCACUUGCUUGUAUUUUGUCUUUGUGUUCUGAUUGGUAUGUAUAAUGCAAACUCUGAGAUUUGAAUUUAAAGCAGUAAUUUCUUGGUGAAAAGGAGGUCGUCGUUAAUGAUCUUUAAAAAUCGAAGAACCCGCUAUCUAUGCGGGAAAUCCACGAGGUGUAUUUGGUUUACCUAAUGGUACUGAGCAAGGUUAAUUGUGAGUAAAAUAAACUGACCAAUUGUAACCUAGUCACCAAGGAAUUUUAAAUAAAAAAGAGAAGCUUAAUUAAGUCACUAUACGCAAUAUAAAUCACAGGAAUUUAUCCGCCAGCUAAAAGUAAGGAAACAUUUCAUUGAACAUUAAAAUCAAGUUCUGAAAGCUUCUGAUAAAAGACGUUUAGAGCACACAAAGUACACAAACUAUUCAUUACUUAAUAUUUUAAGGCCAGUUUUAAGGUUAACCAAACUUAAUUUAUAAGGAAGAUGUAAAUGGACUACAGGGAAAACGUGCAUUAAGUAAAGUUCCUUAAUCUGGACCUUUAAUGUGGACAAAAAAAAAUUCAUCCUAAAACUUAUAGGGUAACAGAACUAGAUGCUUGCAUUGAGUGAUUAGUUGACGGCGACAUACAAAAUAGCUUGACCCUAUUCUACGGAGUGCGCCCAAAAUAUUUAAAAAGUACUAGAGACUUGUUUGGUAGAGUUAGGGUUAGGGUUAAUGGCAACCUUUCCAUGGAGGAAAAAUUACACAUAUGAAGACUGCUGUUCUGCCUCCUUUACGAAACCCCUAUGCCCUCUUACCAAUAUUUAUACAAUGUCUACUUUUGUUUAGUAGUGAUAACAUAAUUUUCGUUGUCUUGUUAGGAGGUAAUGGAGGCGGUGGAAAGGGACAGGAAAUGGAAAGCGACUCCGACGAACGACAGGAGGGAAGCAGUUCUGGAACAACUGAUUCUUGGCAUGAGUGGAAUGAAUGGAGCGAAUGUUCAAAGAGCUGCGGUGACAACAGCUGGAAAAUCAGAUCACGCACCUGUAACAGCGUCAUAGCUGCUAGUUGCCAUGGAGACAGUAUACAGGUCACCUUUUGUGACGUCAGACCAUGCUGA